CUAAAGGCUAUAAGCAAGAGGACACGUAGCUUACACUUGUACAUUGUCUCCGGAAAUGGGAUGCAUCUCCAAUGGCUUGCAAAAACUUGAUAUAAGCUUAUUGUUAUUUAGGUAAUUGUUUUUCAUGAUAUGCAAGAGUUCGUCGAGGAGUAGCCUAAGCUAUUCUUAACACUGAGCGGAUCAAGAUCGGAAAGACAACUUCGGGUAAAUAUGACGUUAAAAAGCGAAAACGCGAUCAGAUGAGCCUAUAGCUAUGUCAGUCUAUUCUUUUAGUUUCAGUGGAUUUUUACAAUAUAUCAUGCAUUCGUAUUGUUGUUCAAUUUCUAUCGCUUAUUUGUGAAAAUGACUCACUAACGGUCACGUCCUAUCCAGUACGUAGCUAGUUGAGUGCGGCUUGGCAUGUUUUGUUAUUUUCUUGUCCCAGCCCUUUCUCAAAGUGGAGGCUGUCAGUGCCACGUUUAAAAUUGCGUAUGCGCUGGACUGAAUAGGAGACACCGACGACUUUUAAUAAUUUAGGACGUUUCAGAACCGCUAUAAGAAAGCAAAAGUUAAAAGGAGGAACACCGUAGUUCAUUAGCGUUUCUGCUGUACAUUUGGAAUAAAUAACGUCAAUAACCAGGGCAUUUCUCUUUCGGGGAGUGCACGGCUUUUUAGUUUACCGAGAAAACUUGACAGUCAGGAGCGCCCAAGCUCCUCGCACAAGAAUGUUGGACUGAAUGCUCAGGAAUGGCAUCGGCGGUUUUCGAAGGCACGUCGCUGGUGAACAUGUUUGUCAAAGAUUGUUGGGUGAACGGGAUCCGGCGGCUGAUUAUCAGCCAGCGAGGCGAAGAAGAGGAGUUCUUUGAAAUCAGGACCGAGUGGUCGGACAGAAACAUUUUAUACCUGCACCGGAGUUAUUCUGAUUUGGGAAGGUUGUUCAAGAGGCUUGUGGAAUCGUUUCCCGAGGACAGAAGAGACCUCACGAAGUCACCCCUGAUUGAAGGAUUGGUGAAGAUUAAAGAAGCCAAUGACACUGAAGUCAGGCUGAAUGAAGUGGAGAGACUGCUGAAAAAUGCUAUCAACAUGCCCUGGAAGUUUUCCAGGUCGGAGGUGGUUCUGACGUUUUUUGAGAGAUCACCAUUGGAUCAGGUGCUAAAAAACAACAAUGUUCACAAGAUCCAGCCAUGCUUCCAGAGUCCAGUGAAGAUAUCAGAGAUCAUGAGAUCAAACGGCUUCUGUCUGGCUAACACUGAGACCAUUGUAUAUGAUGAAAGUCUGCCACAUGAAAAAGAGAGACCCUCAUCCACAGACUCAGCUGAACACGUAUUUGAAAAUGGCGAUGAGUUUCUAACUGAGCCCAACAACAGUGAUGAUGACCCAGAGGCCUAUGUAACCAACUUGUCUUAUUACCACCUCGUACCCUUUGAGACAGACAUCUUGGAGUGAGGGCCACACCCUCACCUGCAUAGAAAAAGGUCCAGCUGUGCACAUGCUCAGUCCAGCUGCCGAUCCCAGCUGCUAUACCUUGCCAACCUUGCUGCCAUUGCGUUGCUUGCCAUUCGGGGGUUGUAGCUAGAGGGUGGAGAGGCAUUCUGGACAUCCAGGGCUGUGUGGAGAUUGUAGUCUGUGACACCAACCCUGAGUCACUAAGCUCUGCCUAUCCUCUCAACAAUACGGAUGAGUCCCCAACAUCUUUUUCUCCAUAGCCAACGUGCCUCAUCUGGUCAUCGACUCAUGCAAACAUACAUAGACGUGCACACACACAAGCAUGUAUGGAAAGCAGUGCCAAUGUUAUCAUCUGGAACAAAACCAGUGGCCUCACAUUGCCUUUGGGCCAGUCACUGGCUUCUUGUUGAAUACGUUUGGGCAAAUGAAGGGGCAGGAUGUAGCCUUGUACUGUAGCUCUUUACCGCAUCAUGACUUCAGGCUCCAGUGUGUGUUUCUGUUAAUCUGCUCUUCAAGUGCCUAUUUGCAGUAUCAGUUUAGACAUGGGUGGGAGAACAUACUGGGUGAGUCACUUGCUUACCUGUUUUGUUUCAACAAAAAUUUUAUAUUUGGUUUAAUGUAAAAAAAAACUACCUGGGUUUGUUUUGUGCACCAAUUAAUUAUAGUUCACAUUUUAUUUAAUGUGAUGCCUCCUACAAUGACAAAAAAAAAGCUUUGUAGCGCAAAUUGGAGAAGGGAUUAUUAGAAAUGUAGUACAUCAAGUGAUCCCACACUGUUGGGUCUGUCUUCCUCUGGAUUCUCCUUUCUGUCUUGAAAAUGUAAUACAGUAUGUUCCGGCGGAGUGUGUGGGAUCCCAAAUGCUGUUGGGAGUGUGGGUUGAUCCUCCAGAGGGACAAAAUCCUAAAACCUAUAUCCACCAGUGCCAAGUACCACCAACAUGGUGUGAACGAAUAUCAGAACAGCGUUGGGAUAUCUGGCUUCUCACAAUAAUCCCGUCAGUCCUGUUUUCACUUGCAGCACAAAAAACAUUCCCUGUCCAGCCUGGGAAUUCUCUACACAAGAGUGCCAAUAACAAGAGAUUUCUUGGGUUCCUGUCUGUCAGGUGACUCAAGGCGGUGCUGUUCUACUUCGCCGUCUUGCAAAUAGAGAAGACUAAUUCACACACAGAAAAAAAACUUCUGAAUCGGAAUGCUCAAUUUAAAGCCAAAAAAAUGCGCUGCCUUAUUCUGAUAAGUAUUAUGUGAGAUUUUUGUUUUCUUGUGAAAGCCCUGCUUCUUCUACAUCUAUAGUGGGAGCUGAAUGGGAAUUUAGCUUUUGUGAGAACUGGCUGAUUAUGCAAAAGCUUCCUUUAAGGCUUUGGCCAAGAAAGCUGUCUGCAGUGCCAGUGUAGGGUCGAUACACAUACCCCAGUUCUAUAAGGACAAGCUGCUUCUUUAUCUGUGGAAAGCACAUGUCCAUUUUGGCUGGCAAAUGAGUACAUAGGUAAAUUGUUUCAUUUGCAAAAAAAACUAAAAGCGAGCUUUUCGGUAUGUGAAUGCAAUAAUGACAAGUACAAUUGUCAGUGUGAUUGGGGCGGUUCAGUCCAUUUUUGGUUUGUCCGUGUCCUUCGACCAUAAAAUUUAAACGAGUAUGACGUGUUUUCUGUAACCACAUUACGGAUUCAGCAGCACAAUGCUACAAUGGUAUGGAAAUGUAUUGAAUAAACAAAUGAUAAUUCCAAGAAUAUGUUUACAUAGUUACAGAGUUAAGGACAAAGGACAAUAUGGGCAGGUUGAAUAUAAGCCCUGCUGAUUAAUACAAGAAAUUAAAAGAUGAUGAAGUAUUAGUUGGACAGCCACAUGGCCCAUCUGACAUGGCAGUUUGUGGUGGGUUGAGGCAGGUUCUUACUGGACUAUUGUGACUUAUUUUUCAUUGAAAGAUUCUUGGUGGUUGAGGCCUACACAAAGCGUCUGCUCAAAGUCUGUACCCCAACUGCCGUUUUUGCUCCAUUUCUGUGCUGAGCGGGGCUUCCUUCUGAAGAAACCGCCUCUAUCAAAGCAAUGUACACUCAGAAACUUGGCACUGGACCCCCUUGCCUGUCCUCGCUUAGUCUGUUUAGUAAAGCAGUCAUGUCUAUUCCUCACUCAUGAGAAAGAGCUGCUCUCUUUCCAUGUGAAAACAUUCCUGUUUUUUCCACAGAUUACUCCUUCCUUUUUGGCAGGCGACUGAGAAGAGAAUCAAGAGGCUCCCAGUAUAUGUGUUAAAGUGUUAUUUGAAAAAUCCAUUUGGGUAACUUGUGUGGAAUUGAAAUUAAAUACUGUCUGUUGUCUUCAUGUUCUGCGGUUGAAGGUGAUAUCCCAGUGGAAAUUUCCUGAGGAUCCCUAGACAUGCUGCUAAAUUCUGCUUGAAGAAUUAGGUCUUUUUCAAGUUUCUCUAUCCACUGUUACUGUCAGCUAGUCAUGCCAAAGGUCACACUGACACACGCCAGUUUUCAGAUACGACUUUGAUUUUCAAUAUAAAAUACAUUAUAAUCAAAGUCAAACCUGACUUCUGGUAGUGUAUAUCGGUGUGACUUAUCAAACUGAAAUCCAGCACAAUGGAUUUAGAUGUUGAGCCCUAGACCACACAAGCUUACAGUUAUUAAUAGGUUAAUAGAAUAAAUGGACUGAAAUGAGAUUUUAUACUAAAAUUGUAAUUUAAUAUAAUGUCAAAGAUAUUUAUUUUUGUAGUUACCUUACUGAUGACUUCAAAACAAAAAGCCUUUAUCUUCUAAGACGACGUUGUCUAGAAUCAAUGUUUCUGCGCCAGAAACAUUGCAUUGCAAGCUUGUUGCAAUAUUCGGUAAUUUAAGGGAUGACUGUGUGUAGACAGAAUGGACUUUGACACGUACCAUUUUAACACACUGUAUGACAGACAUGUAAAGCAUUUCAGUUCAGUAUUAUUACUUGUAUAAAUACAACUGCUCAAUAAUUUUGUGAACCAUUAGUGUGUAACAUAUCUAUUAAAAGUACAUUCUAAUAAAACAAA